UCAUUCGACUCGAGAAUGUGGAACUUCGAAUGAAAAGUCGCGGUCGUGUGAAGAGCUGUUACUGUAAACACAAAUAUAAACCGUUGUUAUUGCUAAAGUAAGGCGACAACAUUUGAGGUGUUUGAACGCAUGCGCAGAUCGGUGCGAAUAUCAAGUAUUAAGAUACAGAGUAUUUAUCAGUUUUCAUAAGAACGAUCUGUACAGUGAUGGUUUUUGUGCAGAUGCUCAGAUCCAGUUUAUGAUUAAUUAAUUAACGUUACAAGCGGGAAUGAAUAAAAAUUACAGUGAAAAAUUUCUUUAAAUCGUAUUUCUAAUUGCUCGAAGUGUGUGGAAAAGAGCCGGCGAUACGCUGAGAGGAUGAGAAAAGAAUAAUAAUAAUUAACGCUAUGAAUUAACGGACUGGGACCGAACAAGCUGAAGUUUUGAGAAGUGCAUCGAGACCUUACAAAAAUAUGAUCACGAAGGAUAACACGUGGAGGAAGCGAAGGCUGCCAAUUCCCAAGAGAACCAGCGAGCUCAUCGCCCUGAUCGCAUUGUCGAGUACGCUGUUCCUGUUUCUUUACACGAGCGAUCUUCACUCUCGAUUGAGGGAGAUGGAAGUCCGACUUCAGCCAGGAGACGAAGAAGGAUUCUUCGCGAAUCAAUUAUCCUCUGAAGAGCCGACCUCCACGGACAUGGACUUUGAAUCCAGCGGUGUCGUUCAGUAUUAUUCAGACAUUAACCGGAAACUGACAGAAUCGUACGUAAACACGAAUGUCCCGGAUAUCGAAGCCUUGAAUAACACGCGUAAAGCUGACAAGGCCGUGAUAUUCUUCAACCGAGUACCAAAAGUCGGUUCCGAAACAUUCGCUGAACUCCUCAGAAGACUCUCGACGUCGAACGAGUUCCACUUCAAUCGAGACCUCCCUCAGAAAUACGAGUUUGUUUUUCUCGCUAAGCAGGAUGAGUUCGAACUGGCGAAAAGUAUCGCCAAUAUCCCUGAACCAUCCGUCUUCAUCAAGCACGUCUGUUUCACGAAUUUCACCGAAUUCAAUUUGCCGGAACCAAUUUACAUGAACCUGGUUCGAGACCCGGUCGAGCGUAUAAUUUCCUGGUACUACUACAUCAGGGCUCCGUGGUAUUUACUUGCACGAAGGCAGAUGUUUCCCGACCUGCCUUUGCCCGAUCCGCAAUGGCUGAAGAAGGACUUCGAGUCCUGCGUCCUGGAGGGUGACAUGGAGUGCCAAUACAUCCAGGGCGACAUCGCGAACGGUAUCAGUGACCACCGAAGGCAGACGCUCUUCUUUUGCGGCCACCAGCAGGAAUGCUUACCGUUCAACACAGUGGGUGUUUUAGAGAGGGCUAAAAUGACGGUAGAAAAAAAUUACGCCGUGGUCGGAAUAUUGGAAGACUUGAACACCACUCUUACCGUACUCGAAAAGUACAUACCUAGAUUUUUCCAAGGAGCAUUGAAUAUGUACUGGGAUCAAGUCAACUCGUUCUCCAAUAUAAAUAGGAAUCCUUUGAAGCCGGCGACUAGCGAAAAGGUGAAAGACAUAUUGCGGAGAAAUUUCACGAAAGAAAUUGAGUUUUAUCAAUUUUGUCAACAGAGACUUUACAAACAGUUCAGAGCGCUGAGAUUAACCAAUUAGUCGAAUUAAGAUAAGUGACGAAAAUCUUCAAAGAUUAAUGUCAUAAACGGUAAUUGGAAUUUCCGAAUUUCUUCCGCGCGCAUCGUGCAGUUUAUUCGAUACAUGUAAUUAAAUCACGAUUGGAACAUUCGCGGAAAUAUUCGCAAUCAUUUUUUUUUUUUUUUUCACGUCGUUUCUUGCCAUCAAGUUUAACAAUAAUAGAACAAAUUCAAACAAGGAUAUAUGUGAAAGAAAAUAAAUAAACAAAAGCAAUUAUUAUUGUCCACCAGAAAAUCUGAAAUUAUAUGGAAAAUCACAUAAAUAUUCAAAUAAUUAUCGAACCAUGGUGGUAAGUAUUAUUACCACCUAUUUAAUAUCCAUUUUUUUUUGUAUAUUUUAAGAACUUUUCGACAUAUUUCUUUGCGGUGUCUUUGCUAUUUGCGACAGUAUGCUAAUAGAUUUUCAUUACUCGAGAGUAAUUGUUGCGACAUAAUUUAAAUUGUUAUUGUUAGAAGAAAAUUGAUUGAGAAAAAAUCUUGAAAAUUGUAGGAAUGAUUUAUUUCCGAGAAAGUUACCCGUCUAAACAAUAUGCACAUGUUUUACACAAAUUAUGAGUUUUUGGAGUUGUUGAUUACGAAUCUGAGAUCGGAUUUAAAAAAUUCAAGAUGACAGAUUUAAUAUGGCGGAUGAAAAUUUCAAAUUCGAUAAAAUUCGGCGAAAAAACUCUGUCCAGAGGUUUUUUGGGGUCGCUGAUUACGAAUCUGAAAUCGAAUUUCGAAAAAUCCAAUCAUUGAUCCCGAAAGACUUUUUUCAUCGGAUUUGAUUAAUUUUCAAAUUUUCGUCCGCCAUAUUGGAUCCGCCAUCUUGAAUUUUUGUAAUUUCAUAUCAGAUGCGUAAUCAGCGACCCCAAAAACCGUCGAAUGCCAUUUUAAUCUUAUUUCAAAAGUUGACUCAGCACAAUAACGUGUUACUCCAAUGGUUAAAUGAUGUCAUUGUACAAUUUUCAUACACGCGUAUAAGGAUAGAACAACAGACAUUAUAAAUAUCCAUUAUUAUUUACAGGAAUUUAUUUUCUCAUAUAUUUAAUAAAUGCUUGAACAAACGUU